AUGGGAGUUGCGAGACGCGUCUUUGUCUUGCUGGCUCUGCCAAUUCUGCUGGGAGUUUUCUUCUCACCCGACCCCAAGCUACUGCUCGGAGCUUUCGUCGGUAGACAUGUUCAGAUUGCUCGAAACUUGGCUGGCAUCUUCUUCUUUGUCCUGGCGAUAAAGCCAGAGACAGCGCACCCGCAGCUGGCGGCACUGGAGCACGUCAUGCAGGGGAUGAAGGCAUACAAAGAGGAAGCCAGCGGGCCUGGCAGUUCCGCUGUGACACCCCUGGAUCGUGCGAUAGACCUGGUCGAUGAUUUCGGCUGGAAUAAAGGCUUCCUGAUCAACGUCGGGGAUGUGAAGGGCAAGAUCUUGGAUUCCGCUGUACAGCAGAGGCUCCAGAAUGGACCGGGGAAACUGAAGCUGGCUGUGGAGCUGGGAACCUUCCUGGGUUAUGGAACGCUGCGAUUGGCGCGCAUGCUGAACCAGUCGGAUGUCGAGAUCAUUACUGUGGAUCCGGAUGUUUUCGCGUACUCAUUGUCUAGCAGCCUCUACGAACAAGCUCAGGUACGAGACCGCAUCACCAUGAAGACGGACUACUCCUACAACGUCUUCGCAGAGCUGAAGAAGCAAGGAAAGCAGAUCGACCUCCUCUUUGUGGAUCAUGUGAAGAAGCUCUACCUUUCAGAUGUAAAGCUUGCAGUGGAAAGUGGGAUCUUGGCAAAGGGAUGCGUGGUGGUUGGGGACAACAUCCGUUCACCCGGGGCCCCGGAUUACAAGAAGUACUUGCUGGAGGGCGAGGGGAAAAAGCUCUUUAGCACGGAGGUACACAAGACUCAUGUUGAGUACUGGCCCUUAUGGCCGGACGAGAUGACGGUCAGCACGUUCCUUGGAUGA